UUUACGAUAAAUUGCCAUUAUGCAGAAAACAGAAAAACCCUUACUUCAAACGCACCGUUUCAGUUCUUCAGGAAAUCCCCAUCAGACAGUCGGGCCUUAAACCCUACAAGAACUUGAAGAAGCUGAUGACGGACAGUCUCUGACUGUGUGAGUCUCUGAUUGUGCAUCGAAUCUAGGGGAGCAAUAGUCAAUAAUACAAGGUUUGCAGGCGUUUGACGACAGAACUUGACAAUAUGCAGAUUCUCUUUAGAAACUUGCUGCGGAGAAAGACUUCAUUCAAACAAGAUGUUGUUUGUCGUGCUUAUUCUUCCUGCAAGUUCCUUGAUAUUGGACAGCCCACUCCAGCAACUCAUCCUCAGUUGCUAAAGGAUGGAGAAAUCACACCCAGCAUAACUAGUGAAGAGUAUAUCUCAAGAAGGAAAAGGUUGUUGGAGCUUCUCCCAGAAAAGAGCUUAGCAAUUAUUGCAGCCGCUCCUCAAAAGAUGAUGACUGAUGUUGUGCCUUACACAUAUCGCCAAGAUGCUGAUUACUUAUACCUUACUGGCUGCCAGCAACCUGGCGGCGUCGCAGUCUUGGGUCAUGAGUCUGGCUUGUGCAUGUUCAUGCCAGAGCAGACUACUCAUGACAUUGUUUGGCAAGGAAAAAGUGCGGGCACUGAUGCUGCACUGAAAACAUUCAAGGCUGAGCAAUCAUAUCCAAUUAGCAAACUACAUGAGAUUCUUCCCAAUAUGAUAAAGGGAUCAUCCAGAUUGUUCCACAAUAUGUUGACAGCCAUACCAACAUAUACAGAAUUGGAGGCAUUUCAGAAGGCAGCUUCGAUUGGCAAAGUAAAAGACCUUUCAAAUAUCACCCAUGAAUUACGGUGGGUAAAGUCACCAGCUGAGCUUAAAUUAAUGAGAGAAUCUGCAUCAAUUGCUUGCCAGGCUCUUUUGCAGACCAUGUUGCAUUCUAAGAUGCAUCCUUAUGAGGGUAUGCUAUCAGCAAAGGUUGAAUAUGAAUGCAAAAUGAGAGGAGCUCAGAGAAUGGCAUUCAAUCCUGUGGUUGGUGGUGGCCCAAAUGCCAGUGUUAUUCAUUAUGCCCGAAAUGACCAGAAGAUUAGAGAUGGUGAUCUUGUGCUAAUGGAUGUUGGAUGCGAGCUGCAUGGUUAUGUCAGUGAUCUAUCUCGUACCUGGUCACCCUGUGGGAGCUUAUCUUCUGUACAAGAAGAGCUUUAUGACCUUAUUCUUCAAACAAACAAGGAUUGCAUAAAGCUUUGCAGGCCUGGAACCAGCAUCCGGAAAAUACACAACAAUUCAGUUGAGAUGCUGCUCAAGGGACUUGAGGAGAUUGGCAUUUUGAAAGAUGAUAGGAUAAAAUACUAUAAUCAACUAAAUCCAACUUCAAUAGGUCACUAUCUUGGAAUGGAUGUACAUGAUAGUUCAAUGAUCAGCUAUGAUCGACCAUUGAAGCCUGGUGUUGUAAUAACGAUUGAACCAGGAAUCUACAUCCCAUCUUCUUUUGAUGGUCCGGAGAGGUUCUUCUUGGACCUACUCUAUAGCUCUGUUCCUUGCUAUAGUACCAAGGCAUUGGGAUAAGAAUUGAGGACGAGGUCCUAAUUACAAAAACAGGUUAUGAGGUUCUUACUGGGUCAAUGCCGAAAGAGGUUAAACACAUUGAGUCGCUGCUGAAUAAUUAUAGCUUUGGAAUGUCAACGGAGAGCCAGAGUAACAUGACGGCUGCAUCAAGUUGACAAUCACCUUCAAAAUUUCGAAGACCCAAUAUUCUUCUUUCAUUGCAUUAACUUGCUCGAGUUCUGCUUAAAGGCAGGUUUUGCUUGUACCAUUGUUCGUGUGCAACAAAAAUUUAGCUUCUUUCUUUGUCAUUCAUUCUUUUUCCAAUCUGUUUUUGUUGCAUCCACCUGUCCAUGUAAUUGCCAAUAAUCCCUUAUUGUUUACUUGGGCUAUAAGGAAGAUUCAAUCAUAUAGGGUGUUGUGUAUAUUGCAAGAUGGUCGUAGUAAUUUGACUAGAAGAGAUGUAUCAAUAUUUGGUUGGUUCCUUUUGUUUUGUUUUGCUUUGGUUUUUUUCAUGGUAAGAACUACUUGACAAUA